AUGACUGGAAAGGAUCAAUCAAGCUCAUUAAACCAUGGAAUCAUCCAUUUCCAUGAGUCCCUUCUCAAACAUUUUCACCAAAUCUUUCGCAAUUACGCAGGACCUGAUAACCACUGGAACGAAAGUCAGAUCCGCAUGUUCUGGGAACAUGUUCAAGAGGAACAUUUUGGUGGCCGCCUGAGUGCUAUGCCCUCUAAUGAAAUGGACUUUGGCGAGUUCCUGCACUCCAGCCAUAACACCUAUCUAACUGGGAAUCAGCUUUCCAGUGACUCAAGUACGAAAGCCUAUGUGGAUGCUCUACUGCGUGGAUGCCGUUGCAUUGAAAUCGAUGUGUGGGAUGGCAAAGAGUUCUACAUGCACGAGGAGGAGGAAGACAACAAAGGGCAAAUGCGGCCGCUGACAAAGAGAGACAAGCUGGGUAUUAAACUUGCAUCAUGGAUAGUUGAAAAGUUCGAAAAACCCGAAGUCAUUGACAUGAUUGGCACUGUCGACGACAGAAUGAGCGAAGUAAUCCAUACCGAGCCAAGGGUUCUCCACGGCUUUACUCUCACCAAGGAAAUCUCUUUUCGCAGCGUUUGCGACACAAUCAGGCGGUACGCCUUUCUAGCGUCGGACCUUCCCCUCAUUGUUAGUCUCGAGGUACACUGCACACCUUUACAACAAGGUGUCAUGGUCAGCAUCAUGGAAGAAGCGUGGAAAGAAUUCCUGUUACCUACACCAGACACCGAGCCCAAUUCGUUACCGUCGCCCAGAGACCUAAAGCGCAAAAUCCUUAUCAAAGUCAAGUAUGUGCCAUCCGAAAAGACGCCCGGCUCAACAACUUCAGACACAGAAAGCAUACAUUCAUUAGGAAUGCAGACUUCCGCUCAAGAAAACCGUCCAAAGGAUGCCAAACCGGCCAAGAUCAUACCAAGGUUGAGUCAGCUCGGCAUCUAUACUCGUGGUGUAUCUUUCAAAUCGAUCACGCAGUUAGAGGCCUCUAUGCCCAAUCAUAUCUUUUCGCUUUCCGAGCCUGCAGCUAUCGAGCUCCACAGAAAGCAGCCUCUGGAGUUGUUCAAUCAUAACAAAAACUAUCUCAUGCGCACAUACCCGGCCGGUACUCGUAUCGACUCUCUCAACUUUGAUCCGAACCCUUUUUGGCGUAUGGGCAUCCAGAUAGUGGCACUCAAUUGGCAGACCUGGGAUGUGGGCAUGAUGUUGAACGAGGGUAUGUUUUCGGGUACUGAUGGCUACAUCCUUAAGCCAAACGGUUAUCGAAGUUCCGACGAGUCGACAUCGCUUGAUGAGGAGCCGGUUAUUCCACAAGUGACGCUUAAUCAUCUUGCGAUCAAGAUCUUGGCGGUUCAAGAUAUCCCAACUGACAACACGAGCGACGACCCCGACGAUUUUCGGCCCUACGUGAAAGUGGAAUUGCACACAGAUGCAUACAUAUCCACCCCAAUCCAAUUGAACAACAAAACUGGUCACGCGAAAGGCACGAAGUAUAGAGAGCAGACCACGAUCAAGGAGGGUAUUAGUUCUGAUUUUAUGGCUGAGCUUUUGGAGUUUGAAAACGUUGAGUGCGUAAUACCUGAACUAGCAUUUGUCACGUUCAUUAUAAUGAACGAUGUGGUUGGACCGGAUGUCCUGGCAGCUUGGGCUUGCAUUAGGCUUGACAGACUCAGGAGUGGCUACCGUCUAGUCAGGCUAAUGGACAAGACAGGUACUAAAUGCAGAUGUUUAUUAUUGGUUCAUAUUACCCAGACAUUUAGUAAAUGUCUUUAA